AUGUUAACAAAAUUCACCGCUCCCCUGAUAUUCCUCUUCCUGGGUACAGCAAUCUGUACGCCCCUCAGCCCCCAUCUCCAAACUCGUCAAGCCGUCACCCCACCACCAGAAUGCGACGUCAUACCUACCUGGGAGGUGACGACUUUCACCUGGUUUAAUUCCACGCAUAAUUUAGAUUGUGUCAACCAGGUGAACGUCCCCAACGUAUGUGUCAACUCUACAUCUGACGGCCUCGUAGGCUGUGAUGGUAAUCUCGGUCCCUGUGAUGAAUGCGGCAUAAACGGCUGUUACACCGGUCUUCCCUUGCAACCCGCUGGUUUCGGCCCUCCAGACGAUGUCAAAAUCGGCAUCAACACUCCUGGCGAAUACAACCGAUGUGAGCAAACCAAUCCAGCUGGAUUCCGUCGUUACGACGUCGGCAACGGAGUUGUCUUCUGUGCAGGAGUAGCGUAUCGAGUUUCCUUCAUUGGCGAUAGCAAUCCUCAUAGUGACGGUUCGCCAAACAAAGGAACGAUUUACUAUGAGCCGAACUACGAGUGGACUUGUACGAAUGGAAGCGUUAUUAAGGGGUCUGGGAGUCUAGAGUUUGACAUGGAUUGUUCAUAUGAUUCGGGAAAUAAUGCAACUUGUGUUAUCCCUGAGGGGGAUAAUCUUGUCAUUCCUCUUUUGUCUUAUACAAUCACUUAG